CUCCUCGUCUACGAUUCCCAGCCUCGGGAAGGAAAGAAAGCCUGAUUAGAAGUGUCCUUUGAGCUCGGCCAUGGCGUGCCGAACGCUGGAGAUCACUUUGGUCUCGGCCAAGGGCCUUAAGGACGUAAACCUUAUCUCCAAGAUGGCCGUCUACGCUGUGGUCUCCCUCUCCGGAAAACGCCGGGGGCGGCAGCUUACCCCGCCCGACCGCGAGGGUGGCCGCAACCCAACCUGGAACUCCACCAUCCGCCUCACCGUCCCCGUCGACGUCGACCUCGCCCGCCACUCCAUCCACAUCCUCCUCCGCACCAAGCGCGCGCUCCGGGACCGCGACGUCGGCGAGGUCCGCGUCCCACUCUCGGAUCUCCUCUCUGGUGCCUGCGGUGGCCCGCCGCCCAUCCAGUUCGUCAGCUACCAGGUCCAUAGGGUGACGUCCGGCAAGCCCAACGGCGUCCUCAACUUCUCCUACAAGCCCGGCGAGUGCGUCGCCGCCUUCGCCCUCGUCCCCUCGGCCUCUGCCUAUCCGCCUCCCUUCAUGGCGCACCCCACGGCUCCCGUGAUGUUGUACCCAGCAGGAACGAGCUCGGCAGCUUACACAGCGUAUGGAGCGGGGCUGCCGUAUCCACCGCCAGUGGUGUACCAGCAACUGCCGCCGCUUAGUUAUGGACACCCCCCUGUCGGGUACGGAUACGGAUACUCGCCGGCGAGUUACGGGUAUGGGUAUGGUGCUGCUCCGCCGCCGGUAGUACAGCCACAUAGGAAGAAAAUAUUGGGAACAGGGCUGCUCGGUGGUGCGCUUGGCGGGCUUCUGGUCGGGGAUAUGAUAUCCGACGCUGCUGCCUACGAUGCCGGGUUGUAA